CGGAGAAAGGCAGGCAUCAGCAUCCCGCCACCGCGCCACGAUCCCCCAACCCAUCCAGCAUCCAUUGCCUGCUUGCUUGCCUCCUCUGUCGCCGGAUGCGAUGCCAUACUCCAAGCCUCGGCUCGUCAAACCAAGCAGCAUCUGUCGCCUCUUGAUCCGACGGAGUAGGCCCCACACCCCCACGCCGACGUGUCUUCUUCCCCCCGACGGUUCCUGGCUUCCUGCCAUAUAAAACCUCGCGCUGCCCCGGUGCUCGCCCCGUGCCCACGCAUACGUGAUCCCACGCGGCCGUUUCGUCGUCGUCGUCGUCGCCCUACAGCGACACCGCCCAACGGCAUCCCUGCCCCCGCAUCUUGCCGUCCUCUCUCUAUCUCUCUCGUUUAAGCGAGGCGAGGAUGGCCGUGCAGGCCCAGCACCUCGCCCACGCCUUCCGCCAUGACUCGCUCGCCAUCAGCAGGCCAGCGCCGGACGACGCGCCGCCGACCGCCGCGUUCGGCUUCUUCGGCGAGCCCGGCGGCGACCACCCGCUGGCACCCGCGGCGCAGCACCACCACCAGGUGGGCGGCAACACCGUGUUCAGCGACCCGCGCAGCGAACUCACCUGCAACAACAACAGCAACAAUCCUCACGACGGCGUCUGCUUCGCGCCGAGGAAGCGCGCGCGGACCGGCGGCGACGUGGUCGGCGCCGCCGGCCUGACCAUGGAGGGCCACCGCGCGCUGCUACCCGUGCCGGUGCCGCAGGCGUUCGCGGCCGCGGAGGACGUGCAGAGCAGGGUCCUCUGCUCCGUCGACGCGUCCACCAGUGGACGCCACCUGCCCGGCUCCACGCUGGCGUCGCACGGCGUCCUGUCGCAUCUCCACCGCCACAGCGUCGAGAUCGACGCGUUCAUUCGCAUCGAGAACGAGAGGCUGCGGUCGGGUCUGGAGGAGGCGCGGCGCCGGCACGUCAGGGCGGUGGCGUCGGCCGUGGAGCGAGCGGCGGCGCGGCGCCUGCGGGCGGCGGAGGCGGACCUGGAGCGCGCCCUGGCGCGUGGCGCGGAGCUCGGCGAGCGGCUCCGGCAGGUGGGCGCCGAGGGCCAGGCGUGGCGGGGCGUCGCCACCGGCCACGAGGCCGCCGCCGCGGGCCUCCGCGCCACGCUCGACCAGCUCCUGCGGGCGCCGCGCGCGGGAGCUGCCGCCGAGGAGGGGCAGGGCGAGGCCGAGGACGCGCGGUCCUGCUGCUUCGGGCCGGCGCGGGAGGCCGGCGCCGGUGGGGGCAGGGCGUGCAGGUCGUGCGGCGCGGCGGACGCGUGCGUGCUGCUGCUGCCGUGCCGGCACCUGUGCCUGUGCGGCGUGUGCGAGGCGGCCGCCGAGGCGUGCCCCGUGUGCGCGGCCACCAAGAACGCCUCGCUCCACGUCCUCCUGUCCUGACCUCGUCGGCGCGGCAGGCCAACGUAUAGAUUCAGUGGAUCGAUCGUGCUUCGUGCAUUCCAAGGUCGCGUCCUUUUGUUUUUCUUCCAAUUUUCCCCCCUCUGUUUCGAGGCUAGAACCUGACGAACCAACUAAUUAACAAACCGAUUUUUUUAUGGGUUGCCUCGGAGGAUACUCAAUUUGGGGUUCUUUCGGUAGUGUUGUUGGUGUUGCAUGAUGGAAUUAGUGGAGUUGUUCAAAUGGUGAGUAGAUAGAUCGAAUUGGUUA